AUGAGUCUUAAAGUAGAUGACUUUGGCACAGACUGCUCUAGAAGUAUAGAAACAUAUAAUGACAGAAUCUUUGAUGUAUACAUACAGAAGGAUUCGUAUUCCCAGUCGGGUCUAGAUGGCAUGUUUCCAGAACCUGGUAUUCGGAGCGAUGCUUGUGUGAAAAAUGAAGCGGAAGAUGGCAUCGACCUCGCCAACGCGCCUCCUCAGUUUGAACUGGUCAAUACUGGGCUGGGAGCUAAAUCAGAUCGUCUAAGGUCUCCAUCAGUGAAGGGUGCGUUCACCGAUAAACAGAGGAAAAAUGAAGUACCAAGCAUAGCUGUUAACAAUUACUUUUCUGGACAAAGUAGCGAAAAUACGUCAACAACGGAAUCUUGGGGCAUCGGCUGCGAUAAGUGGUCCGAAAAAGUGGAAGAAGCAUUCUUUGAAGCUCUCAAACUGAUAAUGAAAAACGGCACCACGAAAAUAAAAAUAAGAAACGCCAAUUUCGGAAGAAAUGAACUCAUUUCAUUAUACAUCAAGCAUCAAACCAAUGAGUUCAGAACCAAGAAGCAAAUUUCUUCACAUAUCCAAGUCUGGAAAAAAACCAUACAAAACAAAGUUAAGGACUCUUUGACUUUGUCACAGAGAGAGGAGGAGCUCUUACAUCUCAUCGAGCAUGGUGCAGAACAAGCAGCGGAAACUUCAAAUAUGUUUUAUGACAUAUUCGAGGAAAUUAUUGAUUCAUUACCUUCAAUAAACGACGCAACGAAUUCAACUCCUAAUAAUCUUCACGCCAGUAACACCAGUAACAAUGCAUUAUCAGUACACUCAAGGUUACUAACGCCAAUCACAGCUUCAAACGAGAAGAAGAUAGAGAAUUUCAUCAAACACAACGCUGCAUCUCAAGCGAAGACUCCCUUAAUCUACGCUAAACACAUUUACGAAAACAUGGACGGCUAUAAAUGUGUACCAUCUGAAAGACACCUUAGACAGCUUUCUCCCACAGAAUCUCAUCACGGAGGCGUUUUCGACAAGGAUAAGAUUUCAAGUAAGGAAGCUAUCUUGGAAACAGCCAGAAAUAUCGAAAUAGAGCAGAGGAAGAUUAUCAACAAGUACCAAAGACUAUCCCGCAUACAAGGACAAGAGAGUAAUACAGAGUUCAGUUCCAAUUCCAAUUCCGGUUCGGAAUACGAAUCUGAAGAGGAAGUUGUUCCAAGGUCUGCUGCAGAGCCACAGUUACAAGGUAGGCUAGCACCAUACUACAAGAACAACGGCAUGCCAUAUCCUCUCUCCAAAGUACGAACCAGGCCAAUGUACCCCAGACCUGCUGAAGACGUCUAUAAUUCGAACUAUGCUCAAGGUCUACCCCAGUACCAAUCUUCCUACUUUUCUCAACUUCUAUUAUCAUCACCCCAACAUUACGAGCAUUCCCCACACCAAAGAAACUUUACACAGUCCAACCAAUCGCAUGGGAACUUCUAUUGA